AAAAACACUGAUUCAUUCAGGAACAUAACAAGUGAUUUCUUUAUGAGUGAGUCAUUCAAUCAACUCAACUUUAUUCAAAAUUGAUUCAUUUAGGAACAAAACACUGCUACUGUGUGCUACAACAAUGAUGGAGUAACAAAAUAACUGUAGCUAAAAUGUAGUUACUUAACACCAGACUUAAUGUUUACCGAAUUAUUGUAUAAAAACAGUAUCAGACUUAAUUAAUUAAUGUUUAAUUAUGAGUUUAACCAAUUAAAAACAGACCAUAUCAGAAGUAUAGGAGAUGGUGGGAUAAUUCAACCCAUCUACAUCAGAAAAGGCAAUUAACUAUGAUUUAGAGGAAACGGGCAUUAAUGUGCCUCUCUUUUGUAGUAGUUAUAGAAAAGUCAUCAAUAAGGAUGACCUUGAGGGCCAGUUCUAGAGAGAGGAGGGGGAGUUGUCAUGGGACGGGUGAAAAGCAGGGGGUUGUCUAGUCAUUAUGACAGCAGGGUGGACGUCCUACAGAGAUGGACUUGGAUAGACCCCUGAUAGGCUUCUUUCAGGAAUGGGUGUGAAAUGGUUGCGUCUGUGGAGCAGCCCCAUUUUGGCAUAUGCUUUGUGCUGAAGUAUUGCGGUUGUUUUUCUAUGACCAUCCAUUAAUAGACCAUAUGAUGAGAUCGUUUUUUAGAUAUUUCACAAAUUCACACAAUCUUGAGCAUUAAUGCAGCACUUUCGUUGGUGCAAGACUUUAGGACUCCACUAUAUUUAGAUUAAACAUACUUUCAUGCUUUAUUUUUUUGAACACUUAAAAUAAGUCCACUAUGAGGCAUAAUGAAAUGCAGAAUGCAAAUUAUAUUUUUUUGGUUUGUUUUGGUCUCUUGACUACAGUCCUAUUUAAAAACCUGUUUAAUGAAGCUGUUUAAUGCAAAAUGAACUUGUAUAUUUGAAUCAUUUCAGCAAAGUUGCUUAUAGAUUCUUCAAAUGGAGAUGAUAUGCUUUCUAUCUGCCAACGUUGAGCAGAUGGCUCACAUGGAUGGAGGAAUGUAACACCAAAUAUGAAUUUAGCACCUGGUUGUUUUUCAUCCUCCUGAAAGGUGGCGGCUGCUCUGAGUGUUCUCACACAUGUCUCAUAAUCAGAUGGCAGGGUGACAGUCAGCUCUCAGAACCAGAGACGCAGAACUCGCUCAUGGUUUAAUAUCUGAGCUCCGGAAGAGCUUGAUGUAAUCAAGAGAGAGUUUCAGCACUUUAAACAUUAUCGAGAGCAACUUGGAAGCAAAUCAAGUUACCUGAAGUGCUUAGAGAGAAAUCAAGAAUGCUGAAGACACAAUGGAUCCCCUAGUUCAUCUGAGCCCGCUGAGAGUCCGCAUCUCUGCUCUCCCUCACCCCACGCGCCCGCCUCGUCCCUGGGCACCCAACCCUGCUCCUUUCGCCUUCUCCAGGAAGCGUCAGUAGAGUUUUGACACCGACACACGGGAGUAAGGUGAACCCUUCCUGUGUAAAUAUGACUGGAUGGAGGUCUCAGUGGCGUCUGGUCCUGCUGAACUCGCUGACAUGUGGCCUGGAGAUCUGCGUGGCAGCUGGGAUCACCUACGUGCCGCCUCUGCUGCUGGAAGCUGGCGUGGAGGAACAGUACAUGACGAUGGUUUUAGGUAUUGGACCUGUUCUGGGACUUCUCUUCAUCCCCCUGAUUGGCUCAGCCAGCGAUCACUGCAACAGUAGCUACGGCCGACGUCGACCCUUCAUAUGGCUGCUGUCCUUGGGAGUUCUCCUAGCCCUUUUGAUCAUACCACAUGCUGACGUGUUGGCCGCCAACCUGAGCUGGGGCAGUACCCGCCGCAACCAGGCUCUCCAGGUGGGCCUGCUCAUCCUAGGCGUGGGCCUUUUAGACUUCUGCGGGCAGGUGUGCUUUACACCACUGGAGGCUUUACUCUCAGACCUCUACCGCGAACGGGAUGACUGUGGACAGGCUUUUGCCAUGUUCUCCUUCAUGGUUAGCCUUGGAGGUUGUGUGGGCUACCUGCUACCCGCCCUGGACUGGAGCGGUGGGCUCCUGUCCUUCUAUCUGGGUGGUCAGGCUGAGUGCUUGUUCUCUCUCCUCAUCCUCAUCUUCGUGGUCAGCGUGUUGGUCACCAUGAAAGUGUCCGAGGAACCCUCGUCCACCUUAGAACCAGGGCCAUCGGAGUCCGGUCGGUGUUUUCCGCGCUCAUGCUGCUAUCUAUUUCAGUGUAAGCUGCGGGCUCUGAAAUCCGGCCCGCUCAUGUGCCUGCUGAGGACUUGCUGGUCCAUGACACCGGCCAUUUAUCGCAGCUACUGCCAUGUGCCGCAUGUCAUGCGACAGCUGUGUUUGGCGCAGCUCUGCAGCUGGAUGGGUGUCAUGUCCUUCAUGCUCUUCUACACAGAUUUUGUCGGUGAGGGCCUGUAUGAAGGAGUUCCCAGCGCUGCUCCGGGUACCGACCUCAGGCAACGCUAUGAUGAAGGUAUCCGUAUGGGCAGCCUGGGUCUGUUCCUGCAGUGCGCUACCUCAACCUUCUUCUCGCUGGUCAUGAGCAGGCUGGUGCAUCUCUUCGGGUCCAGGACGGUCUAUUUGAGCAGUAUGGUGUGUUUCACCGUCUCUGCACUGGUCAUCUGCUUGUCCAAGAGCGUGCUAUUGGUCACAGCUAUGUCGGCCCUCACUGGCUUUGCCUAUGCAACUCUGCAGACACUGCCUUACACUCUUACCUGCCAUUACCACAAAGAGAAAGAGGUGUACAUGCAAAACAGCAAAACCAAAAAAACGCACACAAAUGGAUUUACCAUCACAAGGGAUUCUGUUUGUCUGACACUAGACAAUGGCCCUGGAGAUCUCAACCACAAGAGUGGUGUUUCCAACGGGCAUGCUCAUUACAAUAAAGAUAAUUAUCCACCUCUGCACAAUCAGAAUGGUCUGGAAUCAGAGGAUUUUGAGAAACGUGGUGUGGGACUAGACUUUGCCAUUCUGGAUAGCACCUUCCUUCUGUCUCAGGUCUUCCCUACCCUCUUCAUGGGCAUGAUCGUCCAGUUCACAAAGUCCGUCACUGCGUACAUCGCCUCCUCUGCCAUAUUUGGCGCCAUUGGCAUCUAUUUUGCCACCCACAUCAUCUUUGACCAAAAGGACCUCAGAAGCUGAAGAAGUGGUCAUGUUUGCUUUGAGGAUAAAUUGUGCUUUCUCAGAUCUCUAUGGGACCAAUGGACACAUCAAACUGGACUUGAUGUAAUUCCUGUUGUGUUUUAAAGACUUUUUGUAAAGAACUAUUUUAUUGUAUAUAUAUUUUUAUAUUGAUAAUAUAUACAUAUAUUUAUAUCCCUAUGGGAAUUUUUAUGCAACCUGUUUUGGCGAGGUCUGUAUUUAUGUAGUAUUCUAACCUCGUUUGACUUGUUUGUCAAACAAAUGUGGCUUAAUUUUUUUUUAACUUGAAAUAUUGGUCAGUAACCAAGACUAAUAGCACAGUAUAUUCAUGUAUAAAUCUCAGUCUGGUGUUCAAAAUGACAAUCUGGGAUGCUUUUCUACAGGUGACUUAACACACAGGCCUAAGCUAUAUCAUGUGUUGCAAACCAUCAUUAACAAUAUGUAAAUGACAUUUCUAUGGUGUGACUGAGUUACAGUAGGUUACUUUUACAAAACUGUAACAGUUUCAUGUACUAUUUAAGUUAUGCAUCUGUAGGUACACUCGCCGUUGGCCAGAGAGUGUGUAUGUGGAGCUUUAUUUGUAUGAGUGUAAUGGGGUGUGACAUUUUUAAAAGUAAGAUUCUCAGGAUGGAUGUGUCGUCCAGUUGAAAAAUCAUCUGUUCAAUCACAGCACAAUGAAAUAAUAAAAAAGGUACUGAUAUUUUAA